UCCAGCUGGAGCUGCCUUGUCUCGCUCCACAGGCAUCCUGGUGCCACAGGCAACAACGAGAGGGCUGGUCCCAGCUGAAAGCAGUGGUGAGCAGGAGGGGCCUCCCAGCCCGGUAGCUCUCCCUGGGGCUCCAGCAAUGCAAGGCAGCCCCCAGGCAGGGUCAGGGGCUGGGGUCUCCUCUCCAGGUGCUGCCGGCCACCCAAUCAUCGUCCCUCCAGCUCCCACCACCACUGGGCACAUGCAGUCUCUGUCCUUCAAGCCAACAAGGCACACAGUGGGUCUUGCCCUGAGUGCUGUCACCGUGGAGCAGAUGCCAGUGACAGCGUGGACCACGGGGCCAUUGCUCCUCCAGGAUGAGCACAGCAGAGCAACGUCAACCCCCAGCACAAGCAGGAGCUCUGCUGAGCCACACAGUACUGCCAUGCUCCUGUCCCAGGAGGUCAUACUGGAGCUGGAUGAGGCCACCUCACCUUUGGCCACAGCUGCCAGCCUCUCUCAGGACAGGGCCAGCCCCAUGAAGAUGGCAGCAGCCGCAGCCAGUCCCCCCAGCACAGCUGCAGAGGGAGCCAGCAUGGCAGCCCCACCGCCUGCAGACCCCCCGAGUGCAUCCUUGGCAAAGGUCACCUUUUCUUCUGCCACCAUUGACACCAGCAAGGCUACAGAGCCAGGGACAUGUACCUUGCCCAGUGCUGACCACAAUGCCUCACAGCACCCUCCUGGGCCUCCCACUCAGCUGCCUCUAGCCCUUUUGCCCCAGCUUCCUGAUGAUGCUGUGCUGGGCACAGGGGAGAUGCUUCCCCUCAGCCACAGCGUGGCCUCGGGCACUGCUGGACAUGGGCUGCCUGGAGACAACGCUGUCACCCAGCCCCAGGCCACCACACAAGCUGCAGGCACACUGGCUACAGUGAUGGAUAUCGUAGCUGGAGAACACAUCCCACCUCUGGGAAGCACCAGUGCUGAGCUGGUAUCCAUCAGGAAAGAGGCCAGUACCAAAGCCACAGCAGGCACUGCCAUCCUGGAGACCAAGGACACACCAGGAGGGCUCAGCAUGAGUCUGUCCCCCCAUGCAGCUCUCAAUGACCCUAAUGGUCCCCCUCCAAGGCCCUUUCCUUAUUCUAUGGGCUCUCUGCUCCCUCAGUCCCUCUCAAAAGGCCUUGGAACCACCACAGCAGAGGCAGCUGCAGGCAGAUCUCCUCCAGUCACUCCCAGUAUGGCCACGCCUUUGUCCCUCACAGGCACCAGUGGAGCCAAGCCAGACAGGGCCCCUCGAGCUGCUGCUGCUGCACCACCACCUUCCAUUGCUGCGUUUGGGACUGUGCCAGCUGCCCAUCCAUCCUCCUUUGUUAGCAGCACUCCAAUUAGUGAAGCAGGGCUGGAAUCAGCAUUACUGGCCAGUGGCAGUGCCACCACAACGCCGCGGGACACCGAAGCCACCGUGCCUGUGCCUGAUGCACACCUCAGCCACAGCCAGCCAGGUCCCACAGCAGGCUCAACAGCCCCAGGACCUGGUGUCACACCCAGAUCUGCACUAACCUCAGUGCUCUGGGCUGGGCCCCAAGUCGUGGAAGCUCCAGGGACAGAGAUGCCAUCACCCAGCACUGCACCAGCCACUGGCAGAGCUGUAUCAGACACCCCAGGGGGACCCAGAGCAGUCACUGUCCCCAUGGCAUCACAAGCAGACGUCCCCUCUCUUCUGGAAGGCAGAGCCAAUGUAGGGAUGGCUCUGGAGGUGUCCCCAUCCAGCAUCCCUCAAGAGAUGGCAGCAGUCAUGUCCCCACUGUCCCUGGCUGCCUCACUGCAAGCAGUGGGGGCUUCAGGUGACCCCCAGCCCGAUGGCAGCACCACAGGGCGAGCAAUGGGGAUGGGGUUCCUGGAGGUGAGCACAGAGGAGAACCCAGGUGCCAGUGCAGUGGGGCCAGCUCCCAGCCACGUGACUGUCACUGCCAGGCCAUCACCAGAGCCACCUGCCACUGAGGACAAGCCCACAGCUGGGAUCACCUCGCUGGCUGUUGGCCACACAAAUGUGCAGGAGGCCACAGCUGCAUCCUGGGCAGGUGCCACAGGUACCACUGCCCAUGUGGAGACCAGCCGCUCUGAGAGCAGCACUGAGGGUGCAGCACCCUCAGCCAGCACCAGCAGCACCCACGUCCCCAACUCCAACGCCGCUGGCACAAGCCUGGCUGCCACAGCAUCCACAGCAUUCCCCAGCAACGCUAACCUGCCAACCACCUCAACAGGCUGGGAGACCUUUGUGACUAAGGUCACCACAGCCAUGCCACCUGCCACUGCACGGGCCAGCAGCACCAGCAGUGCCCCAUCCCCUGCUGUAACACACAGCGAGACAAGCGGAGGUGGGCAGCGUGUCCCAUCCCCAGCAGCACGUACCCCCUUGGUGGAGACAACCCAUGGAUCCUGGGGCAUCCUUGGUCCCAGCACUGCUGUUGCAGUGUCAGGUUCUCCCCUCCCCAGCCUGCACAGCCCAACAGAGGAGACAACAACAGCCCCCUUGUCCCUGCUUGGUGUUGGUGCAACUGGGGUGACAGCAGCUGGACAGACUCGCACCGAGUCAGCAACAGGCACCACUUCUACAUCCACCAGCUACCACGACAUGGGACAAGCAGCAAGCACGUCACCUCCUGCCUUCCAGACAUCUCCAGGGGCACCUGUCUGGAAGGAGAAAACAGCCAUCACUGCAGGCAGCACCACAGCCACCACUGCAGGGAGCACCACUGCCACUGCUGCAGGGAACACUGCUACCACUGCUGACACCGCUGCGGGGAACAUCACUGCCACCACUGCCACCACCGCAGGGAACACCACUGCCACCACUGCAGGGAACACCACUGCCACUGCUGCCACCACUGCCACUACUGCAGGCAGCACCAUGGCCAUUACUGCAGGGAACACCACUGCCACCACUUCAGGGAACAUCGGUGCCACCACUGCCACCACUGCAGGCAGCACCACUGCAACCACUGCAGGGAACAUCGGUGCCACCACUGCCACCACUGCAGGCAGCACCACUGCAACCACUGCAGGGAACAUCGGUGCCACCACUGCAACCACUGUAGGCAGCACCACUGCCACCACUGCAGGGAACCCCUCUGCCACUACUGCCACUACUGCAGGCAGAACCACUGCCACUGCUGCCACCACUGCCACUGCUGCCACCACUGCAGGCAGCACCACUGCCAUCACUGCAGGAGGCACCACGGCUAUUGCAUCCACAGCCCCAGUGAGCCCAGCCAAGGGGGUGGGAAGUCUCCCAGCCCCAGGCACCAUGGCACCAGUGAGACCAGCAGCCACUAACAGCCCUGCCACCACCCUGUCUCAUGCCUUUGGGACACAGAGAGGACCAUCCACCGAACUGAGCACAUCUGCUCACACCACCACUGGGCACAGAACUCCUGCACCUGAACCCAAACCCACCCAUGAGCUUAUCAAGCCAGCAACCUCACUCUAUCCCUUUGGCGUGGAAGGAGGGGACCAAGAAUACAUCCAGAGGACGGUGGAUUUUAACUCACCCCUGUUCAAGCCAGAAAUUGGAUUCCCCUUUGGGAAGUCUCUGCAUGAUGCUCUUUAUUUUACAGAUAAUGGACAGAUAAUUUUUCCACCCACGGACAACUACGUCCCAUCCAACCCCAACCCCCCUCCCCGGGGCUUCACCGGCCGGGAGAGCUUGCCAAUGGUGGCUGCCUUUUGGGAUGAUGCAGACUUUUCCAAGGGUGUUGGCACCACCUGGUACCAGGAGUACUCUACACUCAGCUCUACCCAAGACUCUGUUGUCCAAGAUGUGGAAUCAAAGAUUGAGAAAUACCUGAAAAUCCCCUAUGUAGCAAAAUGGACCUUGAAGGUGACGUGGGAGAAAGCUCCAGCAUACCCAUCCCGGAGGGAUGACAGUCAGACGAGCACCUACCAGGCUGUGCUCACCACCGAUGGGAACCGCUCCUUCGCCCUGCUGCUCUACCAGGACGGUGGAAUGCGCUGGGACUACACCAAGCUGGCUGCAGCCAACGUGCUGAUCGGCUUCUCCAGUGGCAAUGGCUAUGCCCAAAACAAUGAGCUGACUCAGAAGCCACCAGCUGUCAGGUACAGACCAGACCAGGAGAGCAGCACCGGCUCCGAUGUGCGUGGGCUGUGGAUUUACAGGCUGGACAGUCGCUCCCGGGUGAAUUACAGGCUGCAGUGCCUGGCGUGGCUGGACACAGAGCCAGCACCGGCCACCUGGAACAGCCAGCUGCCACCAUGCCCCUGCUCCCGGCCCCAGGCAGAGCUGGAUCCCCGCUACCGCUGGAGCAGAGGCCCAGCGGACACCUCUGUGAGGAUGCUGCGCACUGCAUCCCCCAGCCCAGCUGGAGCUGGGGUACGAUGUCUCUACCGAGGUGGGAGCUUGCUUGAAGGCUGGCAGGAGAGAACAUGGAGCCUCCCCUUCCACACCACCACUGACAGGGAGCUGGAAGCAUUCGACUGGUGCUGCCGGCGUGUGGGGAAGCCCCUGUUCUGUGCCAGGUUUGCUGAGAAGAGACCAAGGGUUGGCUGUGAAGGAUAUGUGCCACCCACUCCUGCUGGUGCCUUUGGGGACCCUCACAUCACCACCCUGGAUGGACUCACCUACACCUUCAAUGGGCUCGGGGACUUUGUCCUGCUGCUGGCCAGUGAUGCCCAGACCAGCUUCAUUUUGCAUGGGCGCACAGCACAGACUGGCAUGGCUCAGGCCACCAACUUUGUGGCCUUCGCUGCCCAAUACAUCUCCACCACCACCACAACAGUUGAGUGGACCUUGGGGAGCCAGGAUGACAUCCAAGUUCUCCUGAACAAUGGAACCGUCCAGUUUUCCUAUUCCGAAGACCUGGGUGAUGAGGUCUACUACAGCCCUGGUGUCCUGCUAGUCAAUGCCUCCUCUGUCACGGCUGUCUUCAAUGGGACCAUCGCUGUCUCUGUCUCAGCCACCUCUGGGAUCCUCAGCGUGGUCUGCAGCCUGCCCGACUGGUACCGCAACAGCACCAGGGGCCUCCUGGGUGUGUGGGACCAUGACCCUGCAGAUGACUUCCAGAUGCCAAACGGUACCAGCAUCCCUGUGAACAGCAGUGAAGAGGAGAUCUACAGCUAUGGGAUGACCUGGGCUGUUGGGGAGCACCACCUGUUCAGUCAGCCUCUGGACUCACCAGCACUGAACUUCACACCUUUCUUCUUGUCUCGGCUGCGGCAGGAGAAUGAAAGCCAGUACCAGCUGGCAGCCUUGCAGUGUCACGGCAGCAAGGAGUGCAUCUACGAUUCACUGAGCACAGGGAACUUGGCCCUGGGCCUGGCCACACAGAGCCUUGCAGCCGACUUCCAGCAGAGGAAGACAGCACUCAAUGCCUUCCCUCCCGUCAUCACCGGUGAUGCAUCAAUCACAGCCUUCAGGACAGAGAAGGUCAGAAGGCAGUACCGUGCCUUGGGGGCGGGUGCACGCUUCAUUCCCCAUCUCUCACCAGAGCUCAACAUAUCGGAGAAUGGCACCCUGAUAUGGAAGCCCCGUGAGAUAGCCCCAUUCACCAUCAACCUGGAGGCUGUUGGGUCCAACAACAUCUCUGCACUCCUCCAGCUCCGCUUCACCCUUUGCAGAUGCAGCAGGAGCCAGGAGUGUGACUAUGGCAACACUGUCACUCUCAGGGAGUCUUCCCUGCAGCUGGCAGCCUGCAGAUGUGAGAGCGGCUACUCAGGUCCCCUCUGCCAGGACCCUCCGGACCCCUGCUCCCAGGGAUGCUUCCCUGGUGUGGGAUGUGACCCUUUCCGUGGCUGUGGCCCCUGUCCAGCUGGCCUGACAGGGGAUGGACAGCACUGCUCAGAUAUCGAUGAGUGUGCGCAGGGGACGGAGUGCCCGGGGAACAGCACCUGCACCAACACUGUGGGCAGCUACGUCUGCUCCUGCCUGGCCAGUGAGCAGGGUGAGAGACCAGUCUGUGGCUCAGCCUGCAGCUACCACUCCUGCCCUGAGGGCUACUGCAGUAACGGGGGACACUGCCACCUUCACCCCAUCACCUGUGCCCCCACCUGCACCUGUCCCCCGGCUUUCACCGACCAGCACUGCCUGGUGGCAGGAGGGGACUUUCAGCCUCUGCCCAGCACAGGUCUCCCUCGGAGAAGCAUCCAGAUGAGGGUCAAGACACUGCAAAACACCACUGCUGAGGAAGUCAACAGCACUGUCUCGGCCAUCCUGGACUCCCUGGAGGUAAAGGCUUUCCAGAGCAACACCAACAUCACCCAGAUGACAGACAGCGAUGGCUUCACCUUCAUGCUGGUGUCCGAGUUUGCCUAUGACAGCCGCGGCACCGUCAUCCGCUUCCUGAACGAGGAGCUGCCCUCAGCCAUCACCGGUGCCUUCAACGCGCGGCAGGGGCGGCAGGCUGGCACGGGGCUCCUCUUCCAGCGCCUGCACCGGGACAACAUCACUGACCUGGUGAAGCUGACAGUGGAUGAGCUGAGGGACUAUUUCCCCUGCUCUCUGUACGGCUACAAAGGCUACCAGCUCCGCUACGUGGGGACCGUGGGCUUCAUCUGCAUCUCCCCUUGCAAGAUGGGCUACUGCCAGCAUGGUGGCCAGUGCCAGCACCUGCCCGAGGGGCCCACAUGCAGCUGCCUGCCCUUCUCCAUCUACUCCCCGGCCGGUGUCCAGUGUGAGUGGCUGGCCAUCAGCCUGGCUGCCUUCCUCGGCAUCCUGCUGGGAGCCCUGGCUCUGCUCUGCCUGCUGUUUGCCAUCGCCUGCCUGGCCCUGCACCUCUGCCGCCAGCGCCGCCGCCAGCAACAGGGCGCCAAGGAGACCUUGUGGAGGACACGGCCCUUCUCCUCUUUAACGAUGGCAGGAGAGCAAGCGGAGCCCACCAUCUCCCACUCUCUGGAAAGGCACUGGAAACUGCAGCUCCAGGCCAUUGACCCCUCAGUCCAGAUAAAAAUCCAGAGGCCCCACAUUAUGCCUCCAAGCCAGUCCCCCCAGCAGCCCUAACCUGCCACUGGUCCUUUCCUGGCACCUCCAGGCUCAUGGAGGAGCCAGACACUGCUGCCUGCUCCGCCGCUCGCUCUCAAGCUCUCCAGCAGCAGCAAUGCAUGGAAGGAGGGGACAAGCUGCUGCUUUUGGGUUCUGGGAGGAUUCACUCUGGAGGAGGUGCUUUUUGAAUGUGUCUUUAUGUUGGGUGACCAAAGCAGGAGGAUUUCACCUUCCCCUGAGGACCUGCAGAGACACCUGGGAUCAUCCUUGAAUGUGUCUGCACCAGGGUAUGUUCUGGUGCAAUAUAACCAGACCCUGCAGAGCCCCUGAGAGCAGGGUCAGGUGGGGCAAUGCAGUGAUUGUAAUCCCUUAGGAACCAAAUAGAAUAAACCAAAAAUGUUGGCUUGCUGUUAAA